CACACCUAUUCAGUGAGGAAGAAACAAGAAUGUGUACUGUGAAUACUACUCCUCAACAGUUUAUACUUGAUCAUGUUCAUUCUAAUACUUUUCUGUCUGCAUACGUACUUUGUUAGAUGUGCGUUUCCAUUCGGGGUUAUAGUUUUCACUUCUUGAGGCAACAGACCCUUUUUCUCAGUGACAGAAUGGCCUCUUCUCAAGGACUCUGCCGUCACCAGAGUGUUCCCGUUGAGAUGGAUGAGAGCAUGACAUCCUCCAGUCUGGACUUGGCCCUGCCUGCCUCUUGCAAACAGUGUAGUGGACAUACAGAGACCAGCAAACGGCUGCAGGACCAUGGCUAUGAGCAAGCUAGGGGGGCAGCAAACAAUGUCAGCCAGUGGAGACUCCCCGAGAGCCUGCACCAGCAUGAACCCAGAGCAGCCUGUCAUGUGGCCCCGGAACCUCGUUUCAUCCCCGCUACACGCUCAGGGGGACAGUUUGCAGAUGUUUGGCCUCAUGGCCUCAGAGAGCAGGCGCCGCUGUAUGAACAGGACUUCACGAUUAACCAAAGCGGAGGCUUUGCGAGUCCUUCAAACUGGCCCCAGGAUCACUCUGUGGAGGAGGCAGAACACUUGGAGCCCCCUCUCUCACUCAAGUCUGUCGUUAACUACGCCUACUACGUCCCAUCACAAUACCCUGCAGCAGCACGCAUGCCCGGCCCCAACCCAAUGCAGGGGAGUCGUCUCAGACAAUGUGCGUGCUGCCCUCCAGCAAAUCUGCCCCGUCACAAUAACAAUUAUUAUCAUCAUGAGCAUGAUUACCCAGCGGAUCCAUGCAAGGAGCCUCAACACCACCAACCGUCACGGACUCCACCCUACAAUAGGCUGGAACGUAAAGAUGCUCCCCAUGGGUCUGUGCCUCAGUAUAUGGCCCCUCAGAGAGAUGUGAUGCAUGAAGUCAGUGUGAAUCGCUCCCUCCAGGCUGGUCCAGGACCAGCCACAAGGGAGUUCAGGAGGACCAUCAGUCUGUCUGAGGAGUGUAGGAAUGUUUUCAUCACAUAUUCAGUGGAUACAGCCAAAGAAAUCAUUCCUUUUACCAAAUUUCUGACUGACCAGGGGUUCAAACCAGCAAUUGACAUCUUUGAUAAUCCAAUCCGAAGAAUGGGCAUCAACAAGUGGAUGGACAGAUAUUUGAACGACAAAUCAGUGCUCAUCAUCGUGGUCAUCAGCCCCAAGUACAAGGAGGACGUGGAGGGAGACGGAGACGACGAUCACGGUCUGCACACCAAGUACAUUCACAAUCAGAUCCAAAAUGAGUUCAUCCAACAAGGCUGCCUUAACUUCAGACUGGUACCUGUGGUAUUUCCUAAUGCAUCCAAGAGACAUGUCCCCAACUGGCUCCAGAGCACCAGGAUCUACCACUGGCCCCAGGACACCCAGGACCUGCUGCUGCGCCUGCUCAGGGAAGAGCGCUACAUCAUCCCCCAACAAGGGGCUGAACUCACCCUCACUGUUCGUCCCCUCUGAGAAAAACUAAACAAAAGGACUGACACGUCUGGAACAUAAGCAAUUUAAAAGAAAUGGAUCCUUUUGUCAAUGCCUCAACAUGCUGUAGGCAUGAGGACUGUUAAUACUGCAGAAAAAAGUGUUUUCAGAUACAGCUUUGCU